AUACAAUAAAAAAAGCGUGAAAUAAAAAAUGGCGGACUCGCUCUGUGGAGGUUUGUCAGAGGAAAUAUAUCCAAAGAAGGACAGCUCGGAGCGGGUGACACGCUCUUGGAGAAAGGUGGUAAGGACUGGUAAAAGCGACCCUGAGACAGAAAUGGCGGAAACUCUGGGGUGUUAUGAUGGACAGUGUGGGAAAGAGGAGCGGCGCGAGCACUCAGACGAAGACGAGGCAGACGAGCCGUCUAUUCUGAGAUUCAUGUGUGCCGAGUUAACCAGAGGUUACUUCCUGGAGCACAACGAGGCCAAGUACACGGAGCGCAGAGAGAGAGUCUACACGUGCAUGAGGAUCCCGAAAGAGCUGGAGAAGCUCAUGAUGUUCGGCUGCUUCCUGUGCCUCGACGCGUUCCUCUACGUGUUCACCUUACUGCCCCUCCGAACCCUGCUCGCCUUCCUGAGACUGCUGACCAUCCCCUGCUGUGGGCUUGGCAGCUCUCGGUUCCUGCAGCCAGCCCAGGUGUGUGACCUGCUGAAGGGGCUGAUCAUGGUGCUGUGCUGCUCCAUGAUGCAUUACGUGGAUUACGCCAUGAUGUACCAUCUAAUCCGAGGACAGUCCGUCAUCAAACUCUACAUCAUCUACAACAUGCUGGAGGUGGCAGACCGUCUCUUCUCCUCCUUCGGCCAGGACAUUCUGGACGCUCUGUACUGGACCGCCACCGAGCCGAAGUCCAGGAAGAGAUCUCACAUCGGACUCAUUCCGCAUUUCAUCAUGGCCGUCUUCUACGUCUUCCUGCACGCCAUCCUCAUCAUGGUCCAGGCCUCCACGUUAAACGUGGCCUUCAACUCGCACAACAAGUCUCUGCUCACCAUCAUGAUGUCCAACAACUUUGUGGAGAUCAAAGGAAGCGUCUUUAAAAAGUUUGAGAAAAAUAACCUCUUUCAGAUGUCUAACAGCGACAUUAAGGAACGCUUCACUAACUGCAUCCUGCUGCUGAUUGUGUGUCUGAGGAACAUGGAGCAGUUCUCCUGGAACUCAGAUCACCUGUGGGUGCUGCUUCCAGACGUCUUCAUGGUGGUGGCCUCCGAGGUGGCCGUGGACGUCGUAAAGCACGCGUUCAUCACCAAAUUCAACGACAUCACUGCAGACGUGUACAGUGAAUACAAAGCCAGCUUGGCCUUUGAGCUCGUCAGCAGCCGGCAGCAGUAUGCGUACACAGACUACAGUGACUCGGUGGCCAGGAGAAUGGGCUUCAUCCCUCUACCUCUAGCUGUUCUGGUGAUCCGAGUGGUGAUGAGCUCGGUGAAGAUCCAGGGAGCGCUCGCGUCUGUCAGUCUGCUGCUCUUCUACCUAGGAAUGAUCACACUCAAAGUGUUGAACAGUAUAGUUCUGCUGGGAAAAUCCUGCCACUAUGUUAAAGAGGCCAAGAUGGAGGGGAAGCUGUUUGAUAAACCUCAAACUCCAGCGCCGAAAACGACUCCAAGAACACCCAGCCAUGCCAAAUCCCCGUCUCCGACAGAUAAGCCAAAAUCCCAGAAUCCCUCUCCCUCCAUCACCUCCAUCACCAAGCAGCCUGCCCCGCGCUCAUCAGAGCUCCUCCCCCCAGCUCCAAACCCUGUCACCAUGGAAACCAGCGAGCCUGCUCCAGAGAGUCCCUCUAAAGCAGAGGAGGACAGCAGCGAGACUCCUCACGGCACCGAGCUCAAACACAGAACACAGAAGAAAGACCUGCUGGAGAUCGAUCGCUUCACGCUGUGUGGCAACCGCAUACUUUAACCGCCGCAGCUUCAGCUCAGAGACGAGACCGAAACGCCGCGCCCGGCGUGUCCCCGGGAGGGGGUGGAGGGCCGGACGAGACACACAGGAGAUACACGGCGAGAUGAACAUUCCAGUGACGUGGAAUCUGCUGUCCAGCGUCCUCUCCUUGUUUUAGACUUGAAUAGAGAGUGCAGUGGAUCUGCGCUUUCCUGAACCUUCUGCCACAAUGCGAGAAAUUUCAGACAAACGUCAGACAUUUCAGAAGGACAGAAAGUUUUUAAAUGUGAUUAGGUAUAAUGAUCUCAGAGAUCAAAAUCGAAUAAACAGGCAACCCAGCGUUGAUUAUAUAGGGGUCCAAGACGAAAACCGUGUUUCAUAUUUAAAAAUAAAACGGUACAGUAUACUUUUAUUGCUUUACAGAUGAUAGAAACCCAUAAAAUAACACCACAUUUGCAUAAUAUUUUAAGAUGUUUCCUGUAACGGCGAGCCCUGAAGCUUUGAUUCCACUUAUACCACAGCAGUUUGCCAACACUGUCGUUUUUAUCCGUUUAAAGCUACAUUAUGUUGUGGAGCAGCUGCGAAAUGAGUUCCUAUUAUCACUUACGUUAAAGCAGCUAUAAAUUAUACUUACAGUACCGAACCCUCCUUUUUUUUUCCCCCCCUCUCCUCUUGUCUUUCUUGAAGACAAAUAAAAAAUAAUAAUAAUCUGAAGUGGCGGAAAAUUUAAAGGUACAGCUUUACUGCUGACUCUUCUAACAAAGCUCUGACACUAGAGACUCCUUCCAAAAACCGUUAAAUAAACGUCUCCUUAGAGAAAACGUCGCCGCGAUAAUAAUUAGAGGUUUUCCUCCGCUAGAUCGUCGAAAGGUUUAGAUUACGUGGAGCAGCCACCGUACAGGUCCCUGGGAAUUAGCCGUCACUAUGGAAACGGUAUCGCGUUAGAAGGAGAAUAUAGACGGUUUCUGAUCAGACGAUCGGAUUCCGCCGUACAAACGUAACUAUAACUACAAGAUACGCAGAUUUUUAAAAAUAAAAUAAUAUAGAAAUCUUACAGUGGAAUUUAUAUAUAUAUAUGAAACCAUGAAAAUAAUUACAAUAACUUAUUUUAACUGACUAGAAAAACAUUUUCGCCUUGAACCCGUAAAUACGCUGUGUUGCUUGUUUAUUAAAUAUAUCGAUGUAGUAAUUAAUAAAGCAUCAUCUCAAGAGAACGCAUUAGGCCGGGUUUAGUACAGG